AUGCCGGCGCUGAAUGUCACUCCCGAGCAGCUGUCCCGGCUGCUGCGCGAGCACAACCUGACCCGCGCGCAGUUCAUCGCGCGCUACGCGCUGCAGCCGCUCGUCUACACCCCGGAGCUGCCCGCGCGCGCCAAGCUGGCCCUGGCGCUGGCCGGCGCGCUCAUCUUCGCCCUGGCGCUCUUCGGCAACGCGCUGGUGGUCUACGUGGUGACCCGCAGCAAGGCCAUGCGCACCGUCACCAACAUCUUCAUCUGCUCGCUGGCGCUCAGCGACCUGCUCAUCGCCUUCUUCUGCAUCCCCAUCACCACGCUCCAGAACCUCUGGGACACCUGGCUGGGCGGUGCCUUCAUUUGCAAGAUGGUACCAUUUGUCCAGUCUACUGCCGUGGUGACCGAAAUUCUCACCAUGACCUGUAUUGCUUUGGAGCGGCACCAGGGGCUGGUCCAUCCCUUUAAGAUGAAGUGGCAGUACACAAACCGGAGGGCUUUCACCAUGCUAGGUGUGGUCUGGCUGGUGGCUGUCAUCGUGGGAUCGCCCAUGUUGCAUGUGCAGCGGCUCGAGAUUAAGUACGACUUCCUGUAUGAGAAAGAGCAUAUCUGCUGCUUAGAAGAGUGGUCCAGCCCCAAGAGCCAGCAAAUCUACACCACCUUCAUCCUGGUGAUCCUCUUCCUCCUGCCUCUGCUGGUGAUGCUCAUCCUCUAUAGCAGAAUCGGCUACGAACUGUGGAUCAAGAAGAGAGUGGGGGACGGCUCUGUGCUUCGUACCAUCCAUGGAAAGGAAAUGUCCAAAAUAGCCAGGAAGAAGAAGCGAGCUGUGGUGAUGAUGGUGACGGUGGUGGCUCUCUUUGUGGUGUGCUGGGCGCCUUUCCAUGUGGUCCACAUGAUGAGCGAAUACAGUAAUUUUGAAAAGGAAUAUAAUGAUGUCACAAUCAAGAUGAUUUUUGCUAUCGUCCAAAUAAUUGGAUUUUCCAACUCCAUCUGCAAUCCCAUCGUCUAUGCAUUUAUGAAUGAGAACUUCAAGAAGAACUUUUUGUCUGCGGUUUGUUCUUGCGUCAUUAGAGAACCUUUGUCUCCAACUGGCCGACAGGGCGAUUCAGACAUUACAAUGUUCCAGAAGAAAGGGAAUGCAUUCCCCAGAGAGAAUCUGGAGGAGGAGACCAAAGGAGAAGCUUUCAGUCAGGGAAACAUUGAAGUCAAAUUCUGUGUACAGCCAGAAGAGAAAAAAUAUUUCAAGCGACAUCUUGCCUUCUUUAGUUCUGAACUUUGUGAGAAUUCUGUUUUGGGCAGUGGACAUUAA